AUGUGUUCGAUGGAGGAAGAAAACACAGCCAGUUUGGUGCCAUUAGAAAUGUUCUGUUGGGGGAACACAGCCAAUGGAGAAUUGGGUCUGGGAGGCAUAGAGGAUCAUCACAUAUUGGUCCCAAGGGAACUUCCUUUCAAGAAUGUUGAUCAAGUCAAAUAUGUUGCCUGCGGGAAGUACCACACAGUUUUGGUGACAAGUACAGGAUCUGUGUUCUCGUGUGGCAGCAAUGAUUAUGGACAGCUUGGGCAUGAGAAACAACAAAAACGUCUUGAAAAAGUGGAUGGCCUAGAUGCAUACAAUGUGCGCAAUGUCGCCUGCGGAGAGUAUCACUCCCUGGCCAUCAAUGAAUGGGGACAGGUGUUCAGCUGGGGGGCUGCCAGAUAUGGGCAGUUGGGUCAUGGCGAUUGUGAGACUGAUUUGCGGAGGCCAAAGAUAAUCAGGUCUCUGGCCACAAACUUCGUAGUCCAGAUCUCUUGUGGCUACAAGCACUGUCUGGCGCUCACUAACAAUGGACAACUAUUCUCUUGGGGAUGUAAUGAAAGUGGACAACUAGGUUUGGGGCACAAGUGCGAGUCUGUGUCCCAGCCAACUCUCAUCAAGUCUCUGAGUGGAGUUCCCCUUGCCUUCAUCGCUUCCGGUGGCAGCCACAGCUUUGCUGUCUCUAAAUCUGGUGCUGUGUUUGGGUGGGGAAAGAACACUUUUGGUCAGCUGGGCCUCAACAGUGAACUGGACCACAUGUUUCCGGCUCAACUGAAAACAUUGCGCUCAAUACGAGUCAAGUAUAUCGCCUGCGGCGAGGACUUCUCAGUUUUCCUCACUCAGGACGGUGGUGUAUUCACGUGUGGGGCAGGGCAGUCAGGCCAGCUGGGUCAUGGCUCAACCAGCAACGAGAUUCUACCUCGGAAAGUAAUGGAGUUGAUGGGGACAACCGUCACACCAGUGUCUUGUGGCAGGACGUUGGUGUAUUCAUGUGUGGGGCAGGGUAGUCAGGCCAGCUGGGUCACGGCUCAACCAGCAACGAGAUUCUACCUCGGAAAGUAUGCAGUUGAUGGGGACAACCGUCACACCAGUGUCUUGUGGCAGGACGGUGGUGUAUUCACGUGUGGGGCAGGGCAGUCAGGCCAGCUGGGUCAUGGCUCAACCAGCAACGAGAUUCUACCUCGGAAAGUAAUGGAGUUGAUGGGGACAACCGUCACUCAAGUGUCUUGUGGCAG